AUGGCGGAGCGGCUGCUCCAGGCGCACAAGGUGUCGGACCUCUGCAUAGGCAAGCCGGCGUUGAGGUGGCUGCCGCCGCAGUCCACAGUCGCCGACGCCAUCGCGGACCUCGAGGCCGCCGGCGGCGGCGGCGGGGACGCGGCCGUCGCGGUGUGGGACGGCAGCGAGGGGUCCGACGUGGCCGGCCGGGUGUGCAUGGCCGACGCGCUGCUCUUCCUCUGCGCUGACGCCGCCCACCUGGCGUCCCCGGCCGCCGCGCUCCAGGCCACGCUCUCUGACCUGCUCGCCGCCGGCGCGCUGCUGCCGGACCGCCGCAUCGACCCGGACGCGAGGUUGCCUGCCGCACUUGCACGUCGUGCUGGAGGCGGUGGACGCGUUCCUGGGCGGCGCGCACACGCUCGCCGUGCCGAUCAGGGAGAGGUGGCGCGCCGCCGCCGACCGUGGCAAGCUGUGCUGGCUCACGGUGGAGGACGUGGUGCGCUUCCUCCUGAGCCCGUCGGCGUCUUCUCCGCCACGGCCUCGCGGUCCGUCACCGAGCUCGGCGCCGUCCGCCCCGCCGCGCUCGCCGUCGCCGCCGGGGACAGCGCGCUCUCCGCCGUGCCGCUGCUCCGCGCCGCGCUGGCGUCCCACGCCUCGGUAGCAGUCGUCGCCGGCACCGGCACCGGCUCCCCCGCCCGCCGCCUCGUCGGCGAGAUCUCGCCGUCCGCGCUCUGCUCCGGCGGCGUCGCGUCCGUGGCGGCCAUCGCGGCGCUCUCGGCUGGCCAGCUCGUGUCGUUCUUGGACUGGGGCGGCGCCCCGCCCGCGGCCACGCUCCACGCCGUCCGUUCCCGCCUCCGUCGCCGCAACCUCCUCGGAAUGCUCGACUUGCUCUAUGGUGGUACCACCGACGCGUCGUCGUCGUCUUCCUCCUCUGCUUCGUCGUCAUCCUCCUCGUCGUCCGACGAGGACGAGGACAUCGUCGACGCCAACGGGAGGAAGCUGAUUAUAGCAUCGCCGCACAGGCACGGCAGCUCGUUCUUGGGGAGGCGACGGGCAGAGGAGGCAACCGUGUGCCACAGGGGAAGCUCGCUGGUGGCGGUGAUGGUGCAGGCCAUGGUGCACCGAGCGACGCACGUGUGGGUGGUGGAGGAGCAAGAGCUGGUGGGCGUGGUCGGCCUGCUCGACGUGCUGCGUGUGCUCAGGCGCCACCUGAUUGCUGGAAGUGGAUGUGGACUGCAUCCUGAUCUUGAUUGA